AUGACAACUCCAGUUCCAUUCCGCUCAUUCAAUGACAAGUUCGAAUGCAAUGACGACGGGAAUUUCACUUUCUCAAGCACAGAACAGAAACGGAUUGAAGCAAUGCUAUUCGAAAAUUACAAUUCGUUAGUAUUGGAACCGUUUGAAGCCACUGGGGACGAGGAUGCCUCUCAGUUGACUGUUCUGCGCCAGCGACAUACUGCCUAUUUGCUCAGAUACCUCAAGAACUGCCCGCCAAGCUACUCAACAUUGGACGCUAGUCGCUCGUGGAUGUGCUAUUGGUCUGUGAAUGCGCUCAAAAUCUUGGAUGCAGAAAUUCCAAAAGAAACCGUGGACAACAUUAUAACAUUUUUGAAAGCCUGUGAACACCCAGACGGUGGAUAUGGUGGCGGACCAGGCCAGUUGGCUCAUUUGGCUCCAACAUACGCCACAGUCAUGUGCCUAGCUUCACUUCAGACAGAAGAAGCUCUCAAAUCGAUCAACCGAGAAACGCUACACAAUUUUUUGAAAAAAAGCAAAGAUGCAAGCGGAGGUUUCGCUAUGCACGAAGGAGGAGAGGUCGAUAUGAGAAGCGCCUACUGCGCUCUUGCCACGUGUGAAAUUGUGGGUCUGCCUAUCGCGGAAAUCUCAGAAGGCGUCGCUGAAUGGAUCAUCAGCUGCCAGACUUACGAAGGAGGCUUUGGCGGGGAACCUCACACAGAGGCGCAUGGAGGAUACACAUACUGCGCUGUUGCAUCGUUGGUUUUGUUGAACAGAUUCCGUCUUGUCGACGUCGACAGUCUUCUUCGCUGGGCCACUCGCCGUCAAAUGAAAUACGAAGGGGGUUUCCAGGGAAGGACGAAUAAGCUUGUGGAUGGAUGUUACAGUUUUUGGCAAGGCGCCAUUUUUCCCUUGUUAGAUGGAGAGAUGGAACGAGAAGGGCGAUCUUUGGAAAAAGGUCUUUUUGAGGCUAAAAUGCUUGAAGAGUACAUUCUAGUCGGAUGUCAAUCACUUCAUGGAGGCUUUAAAGACAAACCAGACAAGCCUGUCGACCUCUACCACACUUGCUACGUCCUCGGCGGUCUCUCAAUUGCUCAAAAAUAUUCCAUGGCUCGAGAUGGAAAAAUACUCGGAGGGGAUGUCAAUAUGCUUUGCGAGAUUAAUCCAGUAUUCAAUAUAACUGUCGCCUCCGAACAGUUUGCCAAGGAAUUCUUCACUUCUCAUUGA